AUGUCUACCAUCCCUGAACAAGCAUCGAAAGCGAGUGGUGACUGGUCUCGAUUGUUAGUAGAUAAAGUUGUAUUUGUUACCGGUGCUGGUGGAGCUAUAGGUUCAACAAUUGCACAAACAUGUGCAUCACAUGGUGCACGUGUCGUCGUCGCCGAUGUGAACAAAAAUGCAGCUGAUGAAACAGUAGCGAAAACGAUUAGUGAAGAUGCAAACAAGAAAGAUUACAUGAUGGCUGUUGAACUUGAUGUAGUUAAUGAACAAUCCAUUCAAAAUGCAGUCAAAUCUGUUGUAGAUAAAUGGCACACAAUUGAUAUACUUGUCAAUAAAGUAUUAGAUGUUAAUGUACGUGGUUAUGCUUUAAUGGCUAAAGCAGUUGUACCUCUAAUGAAAAACCAACGAUCAGGUUCAAUUAUACAACUAGCUAGUAUUAGUAGUUGGGUUGCUCAACCUGAAUUUGUACCAUAUAGUACAACAAAAGGAGCUAUUCUUCAAAUGACACGUAAUUUAGCACUUGACUUAGGUUCAUUUAAUAUUCGAUGUAAUUCUAUUUGUCCUGGUGCUACACUUACACCAGCUUCAGCUAAACAUGCAGCUUUUUUAAAUAUAUCAUUAGAUGAACUUAUUGCAACACAAGAGAAAAAACAAUGUUUAAACCGAUGGGGUACAACACAAGAAAUAGCAAAUUUAACAGUUUUUUUAGCUUCUGAUUUAUGCCAUUUCGCAACAGGUGCUAGCUUUUUGGUUGAUGGCGGUUAUACAACUAUCUAG